AGAAAGAGAACAUAAGUGUGCAUCAGUCUGUGAAUGCACUUGAUUAAAUAAUUGCAAAAAAAAUUACUUCAAUUACACGAUCGCUGACAAGCAGCUACAAAAGUUGUAUAAGUUUAAUGGAUUUUUAUAAAAAAUUAAGUUGACUUUGAGACUUCCAACACGACAGCCGAACUGGAAGCAAAAUGGAUAAACAUCUAUAAAGACAGGCAAUCAUCGAUGAGAUGGUGAUGGUUCGAAAAAUAAUAUUUAACAAGCAAAAAAAUAUCAAUGUGACUCUCACGUCCACCCCCACAACUCAAGCAUGAGAAAAGAAUGAAAAAUAAAACAAUUCUUUGUGUGGUUCUUAUUCUUAUUUCUUUUUCAUUCUUGAAGCGAAUCUCCUUCUAGGUACAUCGACAUCGACAUUU